GUGACAAUGCAUUUGGAUUAGGUGUAAUCCUGCAAGAAGCAGCGUGGUCAUAUGGCUCAGAAAAUACAGCUUCUGCCUCUCUUGGAGAGCCCCACUGUUCUGUAGAGGUGUUAAUCUGCAGUGACUUCAAAGCAGAGCACAAAAGGUCUUGUGCCUUCAGCCCCAUUUCUUUCCUCAUAGGAUGGGAGAGGAGGCUCAAGCACCAUUCGUCCAAAUAGAUUUUUUAAUAUAACUUUCUGAACUUGGAAAGUGAUUAUACAAAGGAUUAUUUAUUCCAGUUUAUAAAAUUAUUAAUAAAUUCUUCCUGUUAGUUAAAAUGCCAGAACUAACACAUACCAAAUCACUGCUUUACAGCAAACAGUUUAAUGCAAAACAGUUUGUUGGAAUAAACAGUCUCAUAAAAUGUUUCUGCUUUUUGUUAAAAAUAUGGAGGGGUGGGAGAAAUGAGGGAGAAUUUAGAAAGGAUGGGAGAAAAAAAGCUUAAUAAUUAAAGGUAAGAAAAUGUAAACUAUCUAAAGAAUUUUUUUUCUCCCAUAUAUUAAAACUUCUUAAGCUGUUAGAAGUGAAAUAACACCAGAAAAUAUAUUAUGUAUAGGCAACUGGAAGGUCCAGAAUAUUAAUAAUAUUAUUAAGGUUUUCUGGAACAUAAAUCUGUAUCAUUUAUAGCACAAGAGAUGGGAAUUUAGGAAUCAGAUUUUCAAUGGAAAAAUGAUUUUUCACUGCAAACUUUUCGCUGCAGACUUUUGACUGAUAAAAUUAAUGCCAGCAGAAGAACCAUGCUGUAUGGGUGCCUCUUGUUUAUUUUGCAAGUGUGUCACAGCAGGAGCACAGCAGCUUUUCCAGGUAAGCGUCCCUCCCUUUUUAUUUGAAGCCGUUUUAUAUGCUCCUAUUGAUGACACCAAUAGCACAGCAAAGAUUGGAAAUGGAAACAUUUUCUUCACUCUGUAUAAAAAAGAACCGGCCCUGUGGGAUUCCCUAACCCUAGCAAACACUGACAAGGAGAAACUACAAAAUCUGAGAGAGAAUGCUGUUCUUAAAGCCCAAGAAAAGGCAAAAGAGGAGACAGAAGCAAGAAAAAUUACAAAACAAGAACACAAAAAAUAUGCUCUGGAGGCCACAAUGAAGCUAGAGGAAGCAGAAAGAAAAAGAAUUGAAGAUCUGAAAGAAAAGGAGCGGACAAAGGUUGCUAAAGAGUUGGAGUUGUGGAAAAAACAACAAAAAGAUGGUGAUAAAUACAAGAGCAUACAAAAAAAGGGGGAAUUGCAUCAAGAAGUAGAGCCGUUAAAAGAGAGAAAAAAUGAAAAAAUGAACAAAACUGGGAUUCCUAAUGACAGAACUUCUAAGACCAGACUCAAAUCCACAAAAGGUUCCUGUAGUAUAUUUUCACAGAAUUUAAAGGAAGAACAGUUACCUGCUCCCCGAGCUGCUGCUACAAUUAAAGUCAACUUCACACCACGAGUUUUUCCCACAGCUCUGCGAGAAUCUCGCGUUGCAGAAGAGGAGGAGUGGCUACAUAAACAAGCAGAAGCUCGAAGAAUAAUAAAUUCUGAUUUAGCUGAGCUAGAAGAUUUAAAAGAAGAGGAAAAGAAUCCAGAUUGGUUAAAAGACAAAGGAAACAAAAUGUUUGCAAUGGGAGACUACCUUGGGGCAGUAAACGCGUAUAACCUCGCAGUGAGGCUGAACAAUUCACUCCCCCUGCUUUACCUGAACCGUGCUGCUUGCCACCUUAAACUGAGGAAUUUACACAAAGCUAUCCAAGAUUCCUCGAAGGCACUGGAACUGUUGACACCGCCUGUUCCUGAUAAUGAGAAUGCUCGAGUGAAAGCCCAUGUGAGACGUGGAACAGCGUUUUGUCAGCUGGAAUUGUACACUGAAGGUCUCGAGGAUUAUGAAGCAGCUCUCAAGAUCGAUCCUACAAAUAAAAAUAUAGAAAAAGAUGCUGAGAAGAUUCGACAUCUAAUUCAAGGAACAAUGCAAAGUUCUUAAUUAAAACAAUAUAUAAAAAAAAGAAACUCUGUGCUACCUUUGAGGAUAUCAGAAGAAAUCUUGUUUCUCUUCAGUGUGUGUUACCUAGACUUUUUUCUCUUUCACUCGGAACACUUACAAAAUUGGUAAAAUAUUGGAUAUAUUAUUGGAAAGUAUAGUGUUAUAAACAUGAUUACAUAUAUUUUAAAUAAGUCAUAUUGUCAAAGUUUUCAUAUUUUUGCUUUUUGUUAACAUUCUGUAUUACUAUGACAAUCUGAAACCCUGGACUUGAAGAGGUUCCUUCUUGUUAAGUGUUCUUUCCAAACUGGGACCAUUUCAACAACAUUUCUUUCAGUAGCAGUUUUAGCAGACUUCUGAAUUUUAUGCAUCAGUCUCUUUCCUGAAUACCAUUUAUGACUGAUUGCUGUCUUUAUAAUAAAGUAUUUCUCAGGCAGAUAUAUAUUAUUGUGUGAAAAUUUUUUAGUGUUGUAUCCAGGAGAAGGUGGCAGGCAUUGUUUCCAACUGUUUUAAUUAAAGCCUUGAGAGGAGUGCUGAAGUGAGUCAGAAAUGUCUGGGGUAGCUGCUGCCCCUGCUUUCCCACAGAAAAGUGCUGUAUUGCACUGGAAGGGGUUGAAAAUACUUUUUUAUAACAGCUGGAAGGAGGGCAGUGCAGCAGUUGGAGUGCCUCAAUUUAGUGUUAUGCUAUAGUUACAGAUAUUACUGCUCUGUUUGUAUAAUUACUGAGGGGAAAUGAUGGCUAAGGAGGAGAGACUGACAAUGGGAGAAAGAUAUAUUUUAUUCAACCCAUCUUACUCAGCCUUUCAACUAACAGAGCAAAGCAUUUCAAAUUUGUUAAGUGUUUGUGGUCAGAGCAAAUAUUGCUCAAGAUGUAUAUUGAAAUACAUGCAUGGCAAAGAGUGAGGAACUUAACAGUUUUAACCUUAUUUAGUAAACUGUGGACAGUGGUAAUUUGACUAAUGGAAGAAAGUAAAAUUUGAGAUUUAUGUGAAUUUCUGCAUUAGUGAUAAUCUUGAGCAUAGAAAAUAUCUUAAUACGUGUGGUAAAAAUAGUUAGUAUGAAUAAUGAAAAUAUGAAUGCGAGUAAG